UCAUUCGAAUAAUUUUUUUUUUAGGGAAAUCCCACUUCGACAAAAUUAAAUGAAAUGAUAAGUUUUAUCUACGAUCCUCUACACUUUAUUGAGUACGUGUUGUAAUCUUCAACUUGCAUUAAAAGUUUUUUAAUCUAAAGAAUGAAAUUUUUGCACACUUUUACUGCAACAGCAUUGGAAUUACGAUUUAACGUCCCAAUUGAUAUCGAAUAUCCGGAACUGCAUUCAGUCUACUUCCAAAGGAUGGGUCUUAAUAAGAUAGAUAAAGGGCCAUACCUAGAACUAAUUGUUCAACCUUCUACAAAAUUUCGGUACCGAUAUGAGUCAGAAGGUGCUACGAUCCACCGCCUUCUACAUUCACAAAAUGGCGCUAAAUCGUAUCCAACAGUGAAGCUGUUCAAUUACGGUAAACCAGCGUUUAUAAGGUGUUUGGCGUGUAGGACAGAAGAUGAACAGUAUAAAAUACACUGUCAUUCCUUCAAGAUGAAAAAUGUCGAUGAUAUACGCGACCCAGUUUAUCUAUCUGCCACUGAAGAGAAUAACUUCACUGUCUCAUUCCAAGGUAGUCUAAUUUUUACUAAAAAACGCGAUGCCAACGAAACAUUAAAUAAAAAACUCCAGAGGAUUAGAGCAAUCCAUAGAAAUGGCCACGACCUUUCGACUUUUGAGGAAGUCAGUUUUCAAAUUGACGAUUUUAAAAACAUAAAUAUUAACAAAGUCGUGCUAAGAUUCGACGCCUAUGAAUAUUUGAAUGGACAAAUGAUUCAAAUUUGCAAACCCGUGUACAGCCAGCCCAUACUUAAUCAAAAAGUGAAGGUCCGUUUCUUUAACGAAACCUGGGAGGACUUCGGUAUUUUUGAUGUUACCGAUAUACAUCGUCAGUUUGCCAUAGUGUUAAGGACACCACGGUAUGUAGAUGUCAACAUAGACUCUCCGGUGAAGGUUAAGGUAGAAUUAGUACGAGGCGAUGAACGUAGUGAACCUCGUACCUUCAUAUACCUUCCGCAGUACGAGGUCAACUCUUCCAACGAAGACGCCAAUUUGUUUAACACUUCUGGCAGCGACACCGAAUAAAACGGUGUGUUGAAAUCAUGCAUUAUUAUGUACCCGUAAUAAUAGCAUGCACCAACCCCCAAAAGUAAGGAUGACGAAAUGUUAAUUGUUUAAGCUACUAAUUUAAGAUUAUUAAUUAAAUGCCUUGUUUAAGUUUUGAAGAAGCACAUUUUACUCUUAUGAGGAUGUUUAUACAUUUUUACAAUUAUUAAUUAAGUACUUAUUGCACAUAGUUGGUAUAGGACUAUUCAAGCAACUUAGAGGAGUGAGAAGUGUUUCAUUUAUUAAUAAUCGAUACCGACGUUUCGCUUUUGGUGUAAAACUUCCUCAGGGCUACAAUAAUAUACAAAAAUGCCCCUAUGCUAUCUCGUUACUUGAAGGGCAAUAAGUGUAGGUACUUACUGGAUUAUAAGGUCACUUGAAGUAUGAUAACUUAGAGUUGCAGAAAAAGUGAAAGGUGCAAAAAAAAACUGUAGAUCCCCCAAGCUUACAUAAAUACAGUUAAUAGUAAUUAAUAAUAAUAAUAAUAAUAAUAAUUUACUUCAAGUAACGGCUUACAUUGUGCAUUUUUGUAUAUCCCUCAGGAAGAUUUACACCAAAAUCGAAACGUCGUUGUUGAUUAUUGAUAAAUAAAACCCUUCACCCCUUUAAGUUGCUUGAAAAAUCCUGUUCAUAGGUAUCAGGGGAAGAGAUGCGAAUAUGUUGUCAUACUUGGUAUAUUCUUGCUUGAAAUGCAUGCCUUGCUUAUUUAGAAAAUUUCUUCUUAUUGAAAAUAGUUGUUUUGCUGUAUAAGUUAAGUUUAUAAGAAAUCGACAAUGCGAAAUUUUCCUUUUCGGUUCCACACUAUCAAUAUUUUUUUAGUAUUUACACAUUCCUGCUAAUAAAGUUUGAAACUAAUAAUUACUUGUUACUAUGUUUUGAAUUAACAGUUAAUUAGCUGGCUUAACAUACUUAUAAGCGUACACUUGUACACAUAUGCAUAUGGAUAUAUAGUUUAUAUCGAUGUCUUUUCUACGUUGGGGAUAUUUUGAUUACGAUGUUCUACAUUUUUAUAUUAAAAUAAACUUUUAACUUUU